AUGGCUACCAGACAUUUCAUUCAUGACGGGGCAACCCUCGUUCAGGACGCUCUGCAUGGACUGGCCCUGUCCAACCCGUCCAUACGUUACGACGAUGAUAUCAAAGCGAUCAUCAAUCCCCGCCAUGACGGGGACAAACAGGUUACCCUCAUUUCAGGCGGCGGAGCCGGCCAUGAGCCCUCCUUUGUAGGACUCGUGGGCGACGGCCUUCUCAGUGCGGCCGUCUCCGGGUUCAUUUUUGCCUCGCCGAGUGUCCACCAGAUUCAGAAUACCAUUGCCCGCGUGGGUGGCUCGGCGGGAACACUCCUCGUCAUCAUGAACUACACCGGGGACGUGCUCCACUUUCAUCUGGCAGCGGAAAAGGCCCGGCUGGCUGGAUUCAACACAGCCGUCCUGGUCGUGGGCGAUGACGUGUCGGUCGGUCGGCAGAAGAGUGGCAAGGUCGGCAGACGAGGCCUGGCAGGGACCGUCCUGGUGGAAAAGAUUCUCGGAGCCCUCGCGCAGCAAGGCAUGGCGCUGGAGGAGCUCCGCCAGGCCGGUGAGGAGGUCGUGAACAGCCUCGCGACGGUUGGUGCAGCGUUGGAUCAUGUCCAUCUGGUCGGAAAGCCGGCCGACCCGACAGAUCGCACGGAUCAGGUCGAAGUGGGCAUGGGAAUCCAUAAUGAGCCUGGGUGCUAUGUGGUGAAACCGCAACCGUCCAUCUCGGACUUGGUGGACCAGAUGUUGGAUAAGCUCUUGGAUCCCGAUGACGCCGAUCGGGCGUAUGUCUCGUUCACAGACACGAAUUUAUGCUUACUGGUCAACAACUUGGGAGGCGUAUCCAACAUCGAAUUUUCCGCGGUGACGAAGACGGUGGUCGAUCGCCUCGACCGACGGGGUCUAAAGCCUAUCCGGAUAUACUCGGGGAGUUUCAUGACCAGUUUGGACGGAAAAGGGUUCAGUAUCACGCUUCUGAAGGCUAGUCCUCAAAUGCUAGAGGCGCUGGAUGCCCCCGCGAUCACACCCGGAUGGUCAACCAGACCAAGGCCCGAUGUUGACGAACACGACCUGAAAACCUCCAUUGAGCGUGCUUGCUAUAAACUCAUCGCAGCCGAGGCCGAACUCGAUCGAUACGACUCGGUGGUGGACUGGGUCCAGGCUGCUGGGGAGGCACUGCAAGCCCUACGGCAAGCGACCUCAGCCCGCGCAGGAGACCGCACGAUUAUGGAUGCCCUGGAGCCUUUCAUAACAGCGCUGCAAGCGGGUGCGUCAGCGGCCGGGGCGGUGGAUGCAGCUCGGGCAGGCCGCAAUAGCACGCAAGGCAUGACCGCUUCGUUUGAGCGCGCUGUGUAUGUGCCGGAAGAAGGAUGGAGUCGGGUCCCUGAUCCUGGGGCGGCAGGACUGGUCUGCCUGCUAGAGGGGCUAUUAAGCCCGUAG